AUGGCAACACUACAGGGAUUCGAGGAGGCAAAGGAAGGCCGACAGCUGGCGGAUGACGGACGCUCUCGCCUCUGUGCCGGCGGGUGCGGAGGGAACGCCGCAGCACUGGGCUGGCAACCAGGGGUUGAACCUAUUCGCCAUGUGCUUCAGCAAGGCUCAGCAUCCCUGCAGGCACCCCCAGCGCCGCUCCCACCACCCUGUCUGGAGCCCUUUCAGCCCCAAGCUCGACCGGAGGAGCAGAGGGCUCCCCUGAAGCCCCCAGCAAUUUACCUCCCCCCAGGAAAAUACCUCCUGGGAAAUUCUCUUCGUCGUGCUGAACAAAGCUGCCGCGUAACUCCACCUCCAGCAAAACACACUUGGUGGUACUGGCAGAAGGAAAAGAGAGCGCCCUACGUGAAAUUCAUGGAGGCAAAUUACCCAGCUGGGUUCACUUAUGAAGACUUUGGGCCACAGUUUACAGCAGAAUUCUUUGAUCCCAACCAGUGGGCAGAUAUUCUGAAGGCUUCAGGUGCAAAAUACGUUGUCUUAACUUCAAAACAUCACGAAGGCUUUACUUUGUGGGGGUCCAAAUAUUCUUGGAACUGGAAUGCUGUUGAUGUGGGACCAAAACGAGAUCUUGUGGGUGAACUCGCAGCAUCUGUUAGAAACAGGACUGACUUGCGUUUUGGGUUAUAUCACUCCCUGUUCGAAUGGUUUAAUCCUCUCUACCUUGAGGAUGCCGCCAAUGUCUUUAAGACAAGAAAGUUUCCAAGCAGUAAGUCAUUACCAGAACUCUAUGAAAUUGUGACAAAAUACCAACCAGAAAUAAUUUGGUCUGAUGGGAAUGGAAAUGCACCAGAUACUUACUGGAACAGCACUGGUUUCUUGGCUUGGCUGUAUAAUGACAGUCCAGUCCGGGACACGGUUGUGACCAAUGACCGCUGGGGAGUUGGCAGCAUCUGUGCGCACGGCGGCUUCUACACUUGCAGUGACCGGUAUAACCCUGGCCACCUCCUGCCUCACAAGUGGGAGAACUGUAUGACUAUUGACAAGAGGUCAUGGGGGUACAGGAGGAACGCGCAGCUUGACGAUUACCUCACAAUCGAGGACUUGGUGAAGCAACUUGUAGAAACAGUGUCUUGUGGAGGAAAUCUCUUGAUGAAUGUCGGGCCCACUCAUGAUGGUCUCAUCGCUGUUGUGUUUGAGGAGCGCCUGAGGCAGAUGGGUGCCUGGCUGAAAGUCAACGGAGAAGCCAUCUAUGGAACGAGACCAUGGAGAGCACAGAACGACACGGUCACGCCAGGAGUGUGGUACACUUUCAGCCCUGAAGAAGGCAAGGUCAAUGCUAUCUUCCUUAGCUGGCCAGUCUCUGGGACUCUGGUGCUUGGUGAGCCACAGGCUAAGCUUGGAGAAACGCAGGUGAAGCUGGUUGGCUACAAGGACCUGCUGAAAUGGGUUGCGCUGGGAGAAAAGGGAAUCCUCAUUGUUCUACCUCAAUUAACUCCUAAGGAAUUGCCAUGUCAGUGGGGCUGGACUUUACAGCUGACUUACGUAAGCUGAGCCAUGCACCACUGGAGCCUUGG